GUUCAGGCCAGUGGUGCCCGCGCGCCUUUAUUAUCAACACGUGGCAGAGUGAGCAGCUCCCGCCGCCUUCCCGCGCUGAUAACAGAUGUGAUUAGAUAACAUGGUGGCGUAUUGCUGGACAAGAUAUAUUUGGACUUCCUAAGAAAUGAGAAUAUAUUUUGAUCUUGGAUAGAAGAGCGAGGAAGAUGCAACCUGAGGCGGAGAGGUUUCUCAUAAUAAUACUGGCGGCUGCUCUUCUCUUGGCCCCAAACAGAUCCUUGUGCCUGAAGAUGGUCCAGGUCAGGGUGCCCGCUUACAAACUGAAGGGAGAGACAGCGGUUUUGGAGUGUCUGUAUGAGCUGGAGGGUUUCGAGAAACUGUACACAGUCAAGUGGUACAAGGAGAACGAAGAGUUCUACCGGUUCGUGCCCAAAUACAAGCCAUCCCAGAUAUCAUACAGGGUCGAAGGGAUCCGCAUUGACCACCAGCAGUCCAACGACACCCGAGUGACGCUGAAGACUGUCAGUCUCAAGACUACGGCCAACUACCGCUGCGAGGUAUCUGCCGAGGCUCCAUCCUUCGCUUCAGCCCAAGGUUCCGGAAGGCUUGAGGUUGUUGUACUACCCACGAAUGGUCCACAUAUCACUGGAGAGAAGAACCAGUACAUGGUGGGGGACGAAAUAGACCUCACCUGCACCUCCGGCAAGUCCUACCCGCCUUCCGAACUCAAGUGGCUUGUCAAUGACCAGGAGGUGACUAGCCAGAAUCACCUGGUGGUUCAUCCUCCAGUGGUCCACCCCCACGGUCUGGUGACCACGUCCCUGGGACUGCGCUUACCUGCCACACCCCAUCACUUCCACGGCGGUAACAUGAAGCUGAGAUGUGUGGCCUGCGUCUCACCCGUAUUGUGGCAAGGCGACAUGGAAAGUGUAGUGGAGACACCCCUUCUAGUCAACAGGGAGGCUAUGCUGUUAGUCCGCAGCUGGGCUCCACUUCACGCCUUCUCCCCGCAGUUAAUUUUUCUCCCGUUUCUCCUCAUCUCGAGGAUGUCGUGAUUGUCCCGGCUAUGAGUGACCGUGUACAUAGCCCUCGCUCCGAGCACACUAUAGAUAUAAUGUAACAGAUUUUAGUGUAUGGAGUGGAUACUAUAGAAUAUAUUAUAUGUAUGUACUUGCCGAAAGUGUCACUUAAAAUUUAAUCUAUAAUGUAAGUCUGAAAUUUGAUAUAGUCGAUGAUGAAACAGUUUUGGUUAUUUAUACUGCUAUCAAUAUUUUAUGGCUGUCAAUACGUACAUACCAGUUAGUGAUUUAGUUUUUAUUUGGUAAAUAUAAAAUAUUAAAUGCAAAUUGAUGUUGAAUGUAAAAUCAAAUUGAAAUAUUUAUAUUCAUUAUUACAUGGUCGUUUUCAAAAUGAUUACGUAACAAACCAAUAAUUACAUAUUUAUUACUAUACCAUAGACAAAAAGGAGUUAAAUUUUGGCUUUUCUUAAGAACAUGUCUAUCUCAUUAAAUUGAAUAAGGUUCCGUUUUUGUUCAUAAAAGUUUUUGAAAGAAAGUGGAGUAAAUUUAAAAAUAUGAAUAAACACCGCUUAAUUUUUUAGUAAUGAUAAAAAGACAAGUACUUGUAAUUUGUUACUUUUACCUUUAAAAUAUAAUAUUAAAAUAUACAAAUAUACGUAUAUAUUUUAUUUGCA